ACACCGCCUUUACGCCGAUGACGCGCGCCAUCGGGAGACAUCGGGCAGCCUGGUGUGUCGCCCACACGCCGAGCAACAAAUGGUGCAUGUGUGCCGGAGGUGUGAUGCUGGAGUCGGGCAGGUGUUCGUGUUCCCGCCGGCGGAGCGGCGUUAGUGCGGCACCACCGCGGCCCCUGCGACAGGAGGACGCCCCGCGCGCUGUCAUCUGUUGAUCGGGUUGGAGACGAAUCAGGCGCAUUAUGAUGAGCCGCCGCGGUCCGACUGCCAGGUGAAAUUUAAGGAGAGUGAAAUGAUCCCAAAGUCAGGAAAAUCUCCAGCAGACUCACGGAAAACUGUCGGCAUCCACGAGUUUGCAGCCCUCGCCAGAUCCUCCUUGAAUGGUAUCUCGCAGGCAGUGAGGGACCAUGUGACGAAGCCCACCUCCCUGGCUCAGGGCCGGGUCGCCCACCUCAUAGAGUGGAAAGGUUGGCCCAGACCCGCAGAGCCUCCGCCGGCCGCCCACUCCCAGUUCAGCUCCUACUGCCACCUGACUGAAGGAGAGAAGGAGGCCCGGUUCGCUGCAGGAGUGGCCGAGCAGUUCGCCAUCGCUGAGGCUAAGUUGCGUGCUUGGGCGUCGAUGGAAGACGAGGAGGAGGAGGAGGAGGACUCGAACGAUGAAGACUCCCACAGCAGCGGACAGACUCACACCCUCUUCUGUCAGAGCUCAGACGCCACCGCGUCCAAUCCCAUCACGGCAAGGCCACGCCAGCCUGAGGUGGACGCCGGUGAGGCGCCGCCCUCUGACAGUCUCCUGGGCUCCAGCAGCGGCAGCAGCCUUCACUGUGGUCGGUCUGCGUCUCACAAUGACCCACACUCCCGCCAGACCAACUCCCCUGCUUUACCCAGCGACUGCGUGAGUCCAUUCCUGGAGGAAGAGGAGGGGCUGGGUGGUCACGGGGACCAGCCGGCGCCUCCGCGGGAGCAGCGCGGUGAGGUCUGCGUCCACCACAAGCCUGAGUGGAGGCCUCGGGGGAGGAGCAGCCGGUUCGACUCCUGCUACUCAACCUCUCACUCGGAGUCUCCUGGAGAGGAGGACGAGGAGGACGAGGAUGAGGAAGGCAGCGUGUUUCAUGAGUUCCGGGCGUGGCACUGCAGCCCCAGGAGCUUCUUCUCUGACCGGGCUUCCUCCGGGGUGGCGUCGUUCGACGAGGAGGAGGAGAGGGAGGAAGUAGCGGAGAAGGAGGAAGAAAAAGAGUAUUUGAUGUGAUGUGUUGUCCAUCUUUAUGUCUCUUUGAGUCCGUGUCGAUUCUGGAUAUGACGUUGUCUUUUCUGCUUUCUCUGGAAACCUCUCUCCACCUCCUCGUCGCCUUCUUUCCUUCCUCUAAUCAUGUUUCCUCCACUCACUGCCUUCUGUCGCAGCCUGCAGGGCUUUCAUGUACUGAUCUCGCUCCACUCUUUAUCGCUGCUGUAAACAUUAAAUAUGUCGGAGAGGUGGACAGGAAUGUAAAAGCUGUUGUUCUGAGUUUUGUACAUUUGUGAAGAGUCGUGUGUUGCUAUUGCAUUGGUUUUCUAUGGAUAUUUUGUAGUGUUGUUUUACUCUGGGUCAUGGUGUGUCGUGUGGGUCGGGCUUUGUUUGAUACCUAUUGUCUGGAUGUACUUCAUAUAUAAAUAUGUUGUUUUUUUGGACAGAAAA